UUCAAAGUUGGUAAGAUAUCCGUCUCUCAUGCCCGUUGGCUUGUGUUUUACAGCAGAAAGUGGAAAAUCACCCGCUCUCUCUCUUCUUUCACUUUCAUGUAGUCCCAAGCUUCUCUCUCUGUGUUUUUUUUCUUCUGUGUAUAUGUAUAUAGGCGUAUAUACAAACAACUGACAUGCAAAACCCUACUGCUGGAAAUCAAUCAAUUCAUACUUUUGACUCUGCUGGACACUGCACUCCAAAACCCAUGAAUUCACAAUUACGUCACUUUUUGUUAUUCCCUUUUCUUCUCUCUUGAAUUUUAUUUUAUUUUUUUAUUGUUUUACUAUAUGGAAGCUCCGGGCGUUGAAUUUGACGCCGUGUUGGAAUUCUUGAGAAAAAAUGGGUUGUCAGAGUCAGAAUCUGCUCUCAUGGAGGAUAUCAUGGAGAAAUCUCAACUUGGUGCUUUUGAUUUUGAGAAGUUUUUGUUCCCUAUGGUACCGCCGCCUCCGGUGAUAAAACUUCCGGCCAAUCGGCGGCGGCCGCUAGCGGUUGCCUCAGUUGAUGAAGGUGGAAGUACAGGUUCUUCUGAUGAGGAGUUUGUGAGUUUGGGUUCUUCUACUACUGAAUUAUGUUCUUCUGAUUUUACGAAUCCUUACGGCAUUCAUACAACUACCAGACCGACUUCUCAAGCUUCAUCUGAUAGGUUGUCUCAGUUUGGUACUGCACGAGAUUAUCCCGAUUUUGACAUGCAAAAUGAUCUAUUCUGGUACAAGGAAAAUGAUGAAGACUAUGCUAUGCCACCCCUCUUUGUGGGCCGAGAUUCUGAUGGUGAUCCAAGUGAGGAUAAGUAUAUCACGACUGUCCAGAUUGAAAAGCCCUUUGCAGAUCAAGUCGAUUACAGUUUUAUUUCGGAAGAAUACACUAAUUAUUCCGAAAAGGGUUUGCCUUUAAUGUCAGUUGAAAAUGUGAAAGAUGAAGCUUAUAAAGAUCAUUAUGACUUGAACUAUGACUUUCGACUUGAACAAAGUGAUGAGAAACAUGGAGAACAUUGCAAGCAUCUAAAAGUUGUGGAUGCAAAUGAUGUUCAGUUUAGGCAUUCAAGGGGGCAACCUGUUGACAGUCAAAAUGACUUCACCAAAAGAAAAUCUACAUAUGAUUGGGUCGGAGGUUUCAAUACGAAAGAUAACAUUCCAAAUGAACAUGACAACUUUGAAAUAAAAAAUGAUGAAGUGAUUGCUGGAGAGCCUUGUGAAUCUGAAGCUGCAGCGGAUGAAGAGGGCGGUCUAAUAUCUGAUGAGCUUCUGAUGUACGACAACACGGAAGAAGAUUAUGAAAUAUUCGACCUAAGAAUUAUACACAGAAAAAACAGGACAGGAUUUGAAGAGAAUAAGGAUCUACCUAUUGUUCUGAAUAGUGUCAUAGCGGGUAGAUAUUAUGUUACGGAGUAUCUAGGAUCUGCAGCUUUCAGCAAAGUGGUUCAGGCUCAUGAUCUUCACUUGGGGAUGGAUGUUUGCUUGAAGAUUAUAAAAAAUGACAAAGACUUUUUUGAUCAAAGCUUAGAUGAAAUCAAACUUCUAAAGUUUGUAAACAAGCAUGAUCCGGCAGAUGAACACCAUAUUUUACGUCUUUAUGAUUAUUUCUAUCAUCAGGAACAUUUGUUCAUUGUUACUGAACUUCUGCGAGCAAACUUGUACGAAUUCCAGAAAUUUAAUCGAGAAUCUGGUGGGGAGCCAUAUUUUACAUUGCAAAGGCUGCAGGUCAUAACUCAGCAGUGUUUGGAGGCUUUAGCUUAUCUGCAUGAUUUGGGAAUCAUACACUGUGAUCUAAAACCGGAAAAUAUUCUUAUCAGAAGUUAUCGAAGAUGUGAGAUAAAGGUUAUUGACCUUGGAAGCAGUUGCUUUCAGAAAGAUAACCUCUCCCUUUAUGUACAAUCUCGUUCCUAUAGGGCUCCUGAAGUUAUUUUAGGCCUCUCAUAUGACCAGAAAAUUGAUCUCUGGUCACUUGGCUGCAUUUUAGCCGAGCUAUGCUCAGGGGAGGUUCUUUUUCCAAAUGAAGCAAUUCCAAUGCUGCUUGCUCGUAUGAUAGGAACACUUGGUCCCAUUGACAUGGACAUUUUGCAAAGAGGGCAGGAGACGCACAAGUAUUUUACAAAAGAAUACGAUCUUUAUCAUAUUAAUGAGGAAACAGAUCAACUAGAGUACAUAAUCCCCGAGGAAACAUCAUUGGAACAUCAACUGCAGGUUUCUGAUUCUGGGUUCGUUGAGUUUGUAAGAUACUUGCUAGAGACUAAUCCAAAGAGGCGCCCGACUGCUAGGCAAGCCCUCGAGCACUCAUGGCUUUCCCAGUCAUACGCUGUUAACUCCUUUUGAGAUUUUCAUAAAAAAAAAUGAGUUCCUAAACAUAGCCUUAACAUAUGUCGCCAAUUCUGACUUGGUCAAUACAUUGAUUAUCACUUUGUGCAUGUUGUAAAGUAAUGGUUUAGCAGCAAAUUUAUCCAUUUCCAAGAUUUUGUAUAGGUUUUUAAAUGUCCUCUUCAAGAGAUUGUGGAAUGAUCUUUUUCGGGCAUGGGAUAAAAGAGGAGGUUUUGGUUUUGUAUCGGAUUCAUAUACAAUGUUUCUUAUCCCAAAUAACAUUUUGCUAGUAAAUGAAAAAAAUACUUUUGUUUGAAGAA